AUGCACUGUGAUGUGCGGCCACUCGAACGGUCUAAUAAAGAGUUCAAGGAUUCAUGUUUGGAAAAGGCAUAUAUAUACUUCGCUGAUGUUGCAAGCAAAUCAGGGAACUACUGUUAUCCUGCUAAGGGCAAAUGCGCUCUCCUGAUGCUGUCGGAGGUAGCUUUGGGAGAGCCGCAGAUUCUUCGAGACGCAAAUUAUUCAGCAGAUAAAUUGGAACAGGGAAAAGACCAGCCCUUUGGGAUUACGCGAAUAGUUCAUUGCCUAGCGAAAGGCAACUUUAUGGACAAUUGGAAGACAAGAGCUUCGUGUUUCGCUGUUGGGCCAUUGGAAGAUCAACAAGUUUAG